AUGAACUCGGCCCCAGCAGCCCCCGUACAACAACCACCGCCAGACAGCGCACAAAAAAGCCGCAACGAUUUGCUGAAGAAUCUGAAGAGCACUGAUACUCAUUACACCUCCCUCUUCCGGAACCUCGUUGAAUUGAAAGUGAAAAGCGCAACGGAAGAGGAUGAUAAGGGCCAGCCGAUCCCGAAUGCUGGGCCGGAUUUGGAGUUUCAAAAAUGGUGGAGCUUCUUCUACGAAGCACCCUGCCCGAUAUCAAAGCCAGCUCCGAUCAAGGAACCGCCGGCCGAUCAACUGGAGGUGAUCGAGCAUUGUGCCGAGUAUUCGGCCAAAUAUGGAGCCGAAGGAGAAAGGAUGCUCAGAGAACAACACGUGCUCGACGGGGCACAAGGCAAAUACACGUUUAACCUUAAUUUCCUCAACUUGCACUCGCCCUAUCAUUCAUUUUAUCAGCAGCAGGUGAAAGCCAAUCAAUUGGCGCUUGGAAGAGCGCGACCGGAAAGAUCGCAGAAAACGCUCCAAGGACAGGAG